UGGUGCGCUGUGUCCCUGGAUCACCAAUCACUGUAAAGAGCUCUGUCAUUUGAUCAGCUGUGUCCAAUCACAGCUGACCACAUAUACAUAGGAAAUGCCGGGAACUGGUGAUCAUUGUAGCCCCAUCAGUGCUACCUGUCAGUGCAAAUCAAUGCCAUCUGUAAGUGCCCAUCAAUGCCACAUACCAGUGCACAUCAAUGCCACAUACCAGUGCCUACCAGUGCACAUCAAUGCCACAAAUCAGUGCCCAUGAGAGCUGCCUUUCAGUGCCGCCUAUCAGUGCCAGUCAGUGCCACCCAUCAGUGCCGCCAGUCAGUGCCACCUACCAGUGCCAGUCAGUGCUGCCUGAAAGUGCCCGUUAGU